AUGUCUGUGAACAACCCGGCCCAUCCUCUCUCCCCUUCCUCACAGUCAUCUCUCACCGACCGCUCAGCUCGUCCAAGCACUUCCUCCCGACCGAGCGACCAGUCCGUCCGCACAUCCGAUGACCACCCUAUAGAUGAGGCUCCACCUCAGCACGCCUCGCCGAUCACCUCUCCAACCCGCGACGGUACUGCAGAGGGCGCGAGUCACCAACACGGCGAAACCCAUGACGAUGGAACAGGCCCUAGCCCAGCCCCCCACCAGCCUUUCCAGCCGUUCUUCACACUGAUCGAAGAUGCCCAUACAUCAGACCACCACCACCCCACAGUCCACUACAUAUUCUCCGAUGACGACACGGACAUCGUAACGGAAGCCGCUCUACGCAGCUUGGAGGCUCAACACGAGCUGGCGCCAGGGUCCGGGUCCAAGAAAGUGGAAGGGCGUACAGCAAACCCAUCACACAACCCCGCAGAACACAACGACAAUGAUAAGUCGACGCUCCUCCCACCUCCGAUCCCGGGGAUACGCGACAACUACAUCGUGCUAGACGUCGAACCGGUACCACCACCCACCACUGCAACCGCAACCGCAACAACGACAGCCGACUCAGCCACAACCAGGGCCAUCGCCAGCGGCGCAGGUGGUACCAAGUCCAUGUCCACAUCCCCCGCGAACCCAUCCACCCUGGCAGCCCACCAAACAUCCCCAGGCCCGAGCGUCCCACAACCCCAGUACCGUGUAACAUCCACGAAGAGUUUCUCGCCGACAUGGCAAGUUCUCAGCAGCGAGAUGGUACCGGCGCCUACAUUCGAGAACCACGAUCCGAGCGACACGCCGGGACACGGGUUAAUGCUGAAAAUCCACGGGACGGCCGGGAUACCCACGGAAGCGGGGAAAGAGAAGGGAGAGCGGGGCCCGCCUCGACUGGAAGACAUGAUGGAUCAGUUUGCGAAGCGGAUGCGUGAGUUGCAGAUGGUUAUUGAUGCAGCGGAUGUAGCUGUUCCUGAGGAAGGGGAGGGUGGUCCGAUUCAGGUUGAAGAAGGGCAGGACAUGCUUGAGCAGAAGACUGGGGCAAAUGAACAUACAGCCGAAGAAGAGGGUGCGAAGCAAGGAGAUUCAACGUGA